AUGCCUCCAGGAAAAAUUUUAAAUAAUGAACCAGACCCCCCAGAAUCUAACUCUAGCUUAACAAUUGAAGGCCACAAUACAAGGCGCAACCCAAGAAGAACCACCUCGGAGGAGAUAGAAGCAAUGCCGAACAAAGUAAUGGAUACUAGAGGCGCAGAAUGCUACCUCCAAGAAAAACUGCUAAGUAUUCGCGACCAGCCCCUCAUGCUGACCCACCUCUCCUCAGUGCUAUUCCACAUCACCCAAAUGUCCAGCGGAAUACCUCUCCCAGUAAUCACGGCGAUUCAAGCCAUCGCAUUCAUCUUGAAAUGCCACACCGCAUGCGAAAUCGCAAAGGCAGCGGCCAAACACUUCACGAACAACAUCUCUACCAGCCUAACUGAACAACUCACGAUGGCUAUCUCCCUGCAAAUAGAACAAAUCCAAUCACCGACUGAGACCCUCAAAACCACGAUUCACGAUACUGAGACACUUCGCAAGAACAUGCAACACGAAAGAGACGAGAAAGAAGGAGACAGCCAAACUGCGGCAGAAAGAAUUGAGGAAGCCACCAACAUUCUACACGACUCAGUAAACGAAUGCAAGGACACCCUAAAAACCCUCCAACCAGCGCUAGAAACCACCCAGAAACAUGUCACGCAUCUCUCCACUCAACUACUCGCCUCAAAACAACUGAAUGCCAUCCCUGUGCAAGCACCAGGACCAGCCAAACCGACCUACAGUUCUAUAACUGCAGCCAACCUACCUCCCUCUGUAGAUCAGGCCAUGGCUAGAGCGGCGACCAGAGCAAGACAAAUCCUCAUAACCCCGAAGGUAGGUAGUAACAUAUUCCCGGACGCUAACCAACACGCAGAUAUUGUCAAGACGAUAAAACAAGCACUCACCAACGCCAGCAAUGAAGAAACACCAAAGGGAGGCAUAAAGUCGGUACAGACCCCACACAGCAGAGCGAUCAUAAUUGAACUUGACACGGAAGAACUAGCCACAUGGCUCAGGAGCCCAGCCGGACGUUACACAUUCGAAGAACACCUAGGACCAGCAGCAUCCCUGCGGGAACGCACAUUCAGUAUAAACGAUGUGUCAGCUGUAAAUCCAACAAUCACACUAGCUGAAGCAGGGCGUGUCCAGAAUUCAAACGACAAUGUGAACUAA